AUGGUUAGAAAUACUAGGACAAGUAGUAGUGGAAGUAAUGAAUCAGAAUCAUCAUCACACAGCAAUACAUCGUCUCUAGGUGGCGUUGGAGGAGGUACCACUAGUGGUAGCGGUAUAUCGACCAAUGUUACAAUGAAUAAUACAAGCACAAGUAAUACAAGUACGGGAAGUAUUGGUGGCUCAAUAAGUAAUCAUCACAAUAAAGUUUUACCAGCAGAUCAUAUAAUGUUCAAACUGUUAGGAGAUUUUAAAGAACACACAAAGGUUAAAAUAGAGAUUUUUAUUAGAGAUGAUAAAAUUAGAUUGGAGGAUUUCUUUGAGGGUCCGGAAUCAAAAACAUUUCAUCAAGUUUUAGAGGGUUUAACUGAGGUUUCAAAAUAUUUUUUAAAUUUAAUAACAUCAGCAUUAUUAAAUUGGAGAUCAACACAACAUUUAAUUCCAUCGAAGAGUAGUUCAAAACCAAAAAUGGAUGACUCAGUUACGAAAAAAGAUGUGACACCUAUUGUUGAUGAAAGAUAUAAAUUAAUUGUAGAUUAUAUUUUUUGUACCACUAUUUCAUGCAUACUUAAUUCAUUAACUAAAGAUAAUUUAACUGAUGCAAUGGGUAUUCAAAUCGAAUCAAUGUGCUUUGAAUCAUUUAAAGUCGAGAAAAGAAUUUCAACAAAUUCAAGUCCAAUGAUAAUACCUGAUUUAUGUGCUUCAAUUUUAGGUCAAUUAUCAAAAUAUAGAUUAAGAAGUGUUUCAAGUAGAUUUUUUAAAGAGUUUCAAUUAUGUUUAACAUCAAAUGCAUUAAAAAACAAAACUUUUCAAAUUUUACAAGGUAUUAGGUUUUUAAAAGUUAAAAUUUCAUCAGUAUCAAAAUUAAAACAAUCACAAGAGUUUAUAAAUAAUUAUUUAGAAUUUUUUAAAAAUAAUAGAAUUAAAGGUGAUUUAAGAAGAGCCAUCUCCGAAAUUUUAGCUAGUAUUUUAAGACCAUUAACUGAAGAAAAAUUCAAACCAGAGUUAUCUUACACUGAAUGGAUAUCAACAAUUAAAGAGUUAUAUGAAUUUAUUAAUAAAAAAACUAAAAAAACUAAAGAUGUUUUGACAUCAUUUCCAUUAUUAUCAAUUUUAUUAUGUUGCCUAGAUAAAGAAUCAUUUUUAAAACAAUUUUGGCAGUUAAUGGAUAAUUUCAUAAAAUGUAAAGAUAAAACAAUUAGACCAUAUGCAUUAGAGGCAUCACAGUAUUUAUUAGAAUGUUAUUUAACAAAGUAUUCCGAACAACCAGAAGAGGUUUAUGAAAGACUUCAUCAAUUAGUCAGUCAUAUAUUCCCAAAUGGACAUUCGAAGAAAUUGACAAUGUCGGCAUCGGACCCACUUGAUGUAUUUGUAGAUAUUAUAUGUGUAAUCGCUGGUAGUAGAAUCGAUUUUGCAUUUGAAAAGAUCAUUUUCGAUUUACUUCGUGGUGGUGAACAAAAAGAUUUGUAUAUUAGUAAUCCCGAGCGUAUGAUUGUUGGUCUUCGUGCUGUAAUGAUGAUUGAUCAACAAGGUACAAACCCGUUAACACCAAAGAUGUUGUCUUUUAGUAAUAGUCCAAAUCAAUCCCCUUCAGCUUCUCCAUUACCUGAUCCAUUGGUCUCUGGUAGUCACAAGGCUAGAGCAGUUAGACGUCAACGUUAUGGUACUUUAAAUACUAAGAAGGUAGCCCCAACUUCAUUGAUUGAGCCUUAUUUAAAGAAUUUAUCGAUUUUAUUAUCUCAAAUUCUUUUAUCAUUGGAUAGUACUUUUGGUUUUCUUUUAACUUCAAAUCAAACCAAGCCAUUGGGUGAGCUUUUGGAGAAGAUGCGUCCACCAGGUUAUUCUUGUCUCGAGCUUUUAAAGAUUGCCGUUUCAGUUAUACCCAUUGCAUUCCCAAAUAAAAUCGUACCACAAGAUUUGGUCGUUAUGCUUUCGAAAUUUUUAAUUCAUAUGGAUAGAGGUGUAAGCGAAAAAGCUUCUAUUGUACUUACUCAAUUAAUGGCUGCACGUCCUGAUAUUCGUCCACAAAUUAUUUAUGGUCUAGGUAGAUUUGCUCUUUAUCUUUCAGAUAAGCAAAGCAAUUUAAUCGCAGUAGUUUUGGAAAAGAAAAGAGAGUUAUUGGAUCUUUGGGCUAGAUUUAAAACCAAUAAAUUCUCGUUAGCUGCAAAUGAGGAGUUUGAAGAAUUAAGAUUUAGAGCGGACCAUGGCGAAAAUAUACCUGAUAUCUCUUAUGUAGAAGCCGUAGCCUUAACUUUUCUUUGUAGUUCAAAUGGUAGAAAUAGAAAGCUUUGUUUACAUAUUUUAGAUUCAAUUCGUUCAGUUCACGAAUCAUUUUUAAUGGCAAAAGAAGAUGACGAUAUAGAAAUAUCCACUUAUUUGAAAGAUAUUAUCGAUGAAAAUGGUUGUGAGUAUCUUUAUAGACAUGCUCAAAAUUAUUAUUUUAGCAAUAUAGGUCAAAUCAAUAGCAAUGGUAGUAAUAGCAACAACGGUAGUGUUGUAAACACAAGUACAGUUAAUGUUGGCGGUGUAGUUAUUGAUGUCGUAAAUAAGAAUGUUUCUAAUACAAUUGGUGCAAUAACAUCUGCAUCAUCAUCUCAACAACAACCAGAAAAUAAAUAUAAAAGACAAAAAUCACCUCAAGAUUUCGAGAGAAUGGCUGAGAGUGAAUCAAAAGAAGAUCAAAUACUUUGGAGCUGUUGCUUAGCCGAUAUUAUUAAAGCUGGUUGCGAGCUUUGCCCCAAAACUAUAGGAAAAUCUACAGAUUUAGUUUUACAAAGAAUUAAACCCAUUCAACCUGAUGAAAGUCAAAAAGCUCAAUCAGUAACACCGGAACAAGAACAACUUUGGAUUUGGUGGAGAAAUUAUAUAAUACUAGCUUGUGCAACAAUUCAAGUUACUGACAAUACAUUUUUGGAUAUCAAAAAGAAACAAACAACCAAUGACUCACAAGAUCAUCAAUAUCCAGUAUCAGCCAGAGAGUUAUUUAAUUUAAUUGUACCAUAUUUAAAGAGUAUGGAUAGAUUUUUUGCAGAGUCAUCAUUGGCCGCUUUGGAAAAAACAAAUUCAUAUGUACUUGAGGUUUUAUUUGAUGUAUUAAAGCCAUUAGAAAACGAAUUACAUGGUUUACGUAAAACUAAAAAGAAAACCGAUGUCAUUAAAUCGGUUAUUGGUAUCCGUAGACAUUGCUUAGAGUCAUUAAAGCCAGGUGAAUUGGUCAAACGUGAUAUGUUAAAGAAAUCCUACGUAGAUUUUAUUCAAGAGAUUUUACAGUUCUUGAAUGUUAAUGUACCAAGUGGUCCAGAUCCCAGCAACGAAUAUCUUUGGGAUAAUUUACACUACAUUAGAUUCAACUUUUGUGCAAUGGUACAUCGUAUUGUUCAACAACUCUAUAGCGGUGGCCAUGAGUUUUUAGAAAAAACUUUACGUAGAGAUUUAUUUAAAGCUUUUAACAAGUGGAGUGAAAGUGAGGAGCUCAUUAGAGAAGAGUCAACAUCACGUAAACUUGUAGCAUUUUUACAACAAGAAGAAAAAGAAGCAGCUAAAAGAAAAGAAGCUGAAAUUAGAAUUUACGAACAUGCUUCUCAAUUAAGUCAUGUAGCAUCACAUGCACUCUCUGUAAUUUUAUUAGGUCCAUUCUUUAUUGAAACCUUCAAAGAUCCAAAUGGUGUUAUAUUUCAAUGGAUCAAUCAAAUGUUCCUCAGUGGAAUUAAAACCAAAUUACGUGCCAUCACUAGAACUGGUUUACAAAACUUUUUAAAGCAUAAUCUUUCUCACCAAGAGUUAAUUUACCAUUGUAUUAAUCAAUGUUAUUCAUCUCAAAUCCCAGUAGCUCAUGGUUACUUUAUUUCUUUGGUCGAACUAUGCCAAGAUGAAAUAUUGAAAUUUGAUUUUUCAGAGUCAAUAAUGAUGAAUUUAAUCAUUUUCAACUGUGGAACUAAAAGUUCAAAUGUUAGACAGCACUCUCUUCAAUUAUUAGCAUUAAUUAGGGCAAGUAGAUUUGAAAACUCAGAAAAUCAACUUUAUGGUGAUUGUUAUUAUCCAUCAACUAUAGGUAGUGAAAUUCCAGAAACCUUCUUAAAUGCACAAUACCAUUUAUCAGAAAAACUUUCAUUAGAGAACGAAGAUUUAUGUUAUGAAUUUUUCAUGGAUGUAGUUUAUCGUUUAGAGACCAUCAGCCAAGAUCAUCAACGACAAAUGUUAAAUUAUGUCAAACCAUGGAUUAAACAAAUGUCAUUAUUAACAUUGGCCUCUGAAAAUUCACAUCUUUUAGAGUCUGUAUUGCAAGGUUUAGUUUUAAUUUCAAUCAAGUAUUCAGUUAAUCAUUCUCAUUUAAUCGAGGAGCUUUGGAGAGUUUUAGGUAGAAAUCAAGAUAAUAUUGGUGUUAUUAUUGACUUUUUAAUUGGUAUCACUGAAAAGACUAGAAAUCACGAAUUAAUCCCAAUCUUUAAAAGAAUUUGUAUAUUUUUAGGAAGAUCAUCACCACAAAAAUUAAUCAAUUGUUUGGUUGGUGAAUUAACAUCCAACGGUGCUCCUUCAAUUGUUGACAUUACAGAUACCCAAAAAAUUUCAAGUGGCAGAUUAAGAACCACCAUUCACCAAAGAAGCGCACCAGUUAGUUCUUCAGAGGUUGUCUAUAAUACUGUACAAUUUAUUUCAAUGUCAUUCCAAAACUCAACUGAAAUAUUUGGUGACCGUCAACCAAAAUCAUCACCAUUAACUAGAUUCCAAUUACCAUUAAUUUUCCUUAGCGAAGUUUCAUAUGAAAUUGGCGAAGAGUUUAGAGUACAUUUACCAGUAUUACUUCAAUUGGUAUUUUUAGGUCUUUAUUAUAAUUCAGGUCAACCAGUUCAUGAUCAUUGCAGAAUGCUUUUAUUAAAUUUAAUUCGUUCUUUAGUUAUCAAAAAAUUCCAAAUGCAAGAGGGCGGUACCAUUGAUAAUCCACUUUAUGAAGAUGCAGUACAAUUAGUAGAUUUCCUAAUGCCAUCAGAAAAUUCACCAAAAGUCGAACUUCAAUCUAAAAAAGAUAUUUCAAAUCCAAAAUAUGUUGUAAUGCUAUCAAAGCGUAUUGCUUUUGUACUUUCACCAGAUGGCUCCACUGAUCUUAAUGAACAAUGGGGUGUUGCAGCAUUGAAUUGGGCUACCAACAGUCAAAAUCAACGUUUAGCAAUGAGAUCGUUCCAAAUACUUCGUGGUUUAGAACCAACUACUACUAUCGAUUCAUUAACCGAAGUUAUGCAAACUCUAGGUAAACAUAUCCAAAAUACCUCCUCAGAGAAUGCAUUAUUUAUUUCAGAAAUUCAAGAGACCCUUCAAGUUAUGAUAAAAUGUAUUCACCCAACUAAAUUAAUUUUAUUCCCACAAAUAUUUUGGGGAACCCUCGCAAUGUUACAUACAGAUUUCGAAAAUCAUUUCGUUGGUGCUAUUAAAUUACUUUCUCAACUUUUAGAUAUUAUCAAUUUCUCUGACAGAGCUGUUCAAAAUGUUUUCUUGGCCAGUAUGCCAAAAGAUUGGGAAAAUUUCCACGGUGUCCAACCAUUGGUCAUCAAAGGUCUAAUGUCUAAUAAUACCACCUUAAUUUCUUUAGAAUUUUUAUCAAAGAUCACUUUACAACCAUGUGACGAAAUUUUCCAUCCAGAACCAAUUAGAUUCAUUACAAAUUUAAUCAGUUUGUUACCAUUCCUUUGUUUAUCAAUAGGUGAUAAUUGUAUAUUGGCUCAACAAGCAUCCGAAAACAUCUCAAUAGUUUGUGAAAAUCAUGGUUAUGACCGUUUAUCAACAAUCUUUGAAAAAUAUAGCAACAAAUCAUACUUUAAACACUUGGAUAGUUUCUUGCAAGAUAUUAGUGGUCCAUUAUGCGAAAAUGUUAUUAAGCACUCAACUCUAGUAUUUUCUUUGCUGUUCAAUAUGUUGGAGUUUGGUUCAACCGAUUAUCGUUAUCCAAUUUUAAAAAUAUUAACAAUGUUGGUAAAAGGUGGUGUUAAUCCAGCUGAAACUAAAAGCUCUCGUGUUCCAGAAUGGUUUGAUACGGUUACACAGUUCUUAAAUGAUCAUAAAACACCACAUUAUAUUGUCUCACAAGCUAUUCGUUUCAUUGAGAUUACAAGUGGUAUCUCACCAACAUCACUAACAACAAUUGACAAUGCUAGUCUUAAACCAUCAAAGAAUACUGUUGGUGCCAAGAAAUUCUCAAAUAAAGUUGAAAGAGGUACACUCUUUGCUGCAAACUAUCUCCAUAAGGUAUUGGAUACUUGUGCAAGAUCAGUAUCGUUAACCAAAUCAAUUUACUCUACUACACAAAUAUUUGAAACAUUCUUUUCAAAUGCAAACGAUGACCAAGCUAAUAUUCAAAAACAUUAUGAAAAUAGUGAUGAUAAUUACUCAGAUAAUGGUGAUGAUGGCCAUUCAUCAAGUAACGGUACAAUCCAACAACCUUCAUCUGAACUCGAUAUGGAAAUGGAUACAGAUACACUAAGAUCAAAUGAUUUCGAUGGUCCAGAAUUUCAUAAUUUCCCACAUUUCCAAGGUUUUAAUGAUAUUUUAGAAGGUUUAGGUGAUAUGUCAAUGGAUGAUAGCUCAAAUAUGAGUACAAGUCAAUUGGACAGUUCAACAAUUUCAACAAAGUCAAAUAAUUUUGGUACAUUUAAUAAAAGUUCAAUUAAUAAUGUAGAACAAUUUAAUAAUGGUAUACCGUUAUCACCAAUUUCAACUUCAUCAAAUUCAUCCAACCUUGUAAAAGAGAAUAUUAAUUUAAUUUCAAACUCUUCAUCAGGCUCAUCCUCAAAUUUAUUAAAUUUUAAAGAACCAUCAAAUGUAAAUAAUAACGCUACCCAACAAAAUAUUACUAAAGAACAAUUAUCAUCAUCAACAUCAUCAACAAAUUCAAUAAAUACAAACUCUGUUAUAGCUCCAACAUCACCAUCAUCAACAACUAGAUCAUCGUCAAGAUCACUACAUAAUUCAUCAUCACCAACAUUAUCUAGAAAUAUUAUUCACUCUAAUCAAACUUUAACAACAAUGUCAUAUAAUGUUACAGCUGCAAAGAGUUGGUGGAAUUCAUGUUCAGAACAGUUUGAAUUCAAUUCAGAAAAAGAUCUAUUAGAUGCAUUUACAGCAGCUUCUCAACUAAUUAAUCAAAUUACAAUUGAAUAUAAAACUUUAUUUAACCAAUGCUUACCAUUAAUUCUUUCAAUCUCCACUGAAGUAUCAGCUUUAUCUGUCGAUAUAUUUGAAAAGCCAACAUUUAUGAAUUCUUAUAAUGAAAUUCAAAAUACUGUCCAAUUAGCCGAGCGUUAUAAAAAAGUUAUUCAAGAGAAGCCAUCAAUUUCUAAAGUAUUUUUAGAACACAGAGAAAAAGCAAUCAGUAAUUUUACAAACCAUUUAAAGAUUUACACAGAACAAAGAACUUCAACAAAUAAUACUCGUGCAAAAUUAUUUGAAAAUGGUAUAACUAAUGAUGAAAGUCAAGUUCAAAUCACUGAAACAAGAUUUUGUUUUGCAGUUUGUAAUCUUUAUCAACAUUUAUUACAGCUUUGGAUUUCUUAUAUAAAUAUGCAACAAUUAUUAAUAGACCAUUGCUCAGUUCCUCAAUCUACUCUUCAAUGUGAUAAACAAAGAGAUGAAAUUAAAAAAGAAUUAAACAAAUGUAAAGUUUUAGCAGUACUAUUUAAAGAAAAAGAAAGUGAUAUUUUAUCAAAAAUUUUACAACAACAAUUACAACAACAUACAACUUCUAUAAAUAAUAAUAGUAAUAACUUAGGUGGUAGUAGUACAAAUAGUGGUGGUAAUUCACCUUUACCCCAACAAAAUUCUUCCUUAUCCCCAAUUGUAAACAGUAUCCAUUCCCAACAGCCAAUCUCAACUUCUCCAACCUCCUUAUCCUCUCCCUCAUUAUUAGAUGAAAGUCACAGAUUAACAACUGUUAAUGAAAGAAAAAGAUCAAGCACAAGUUCAAGAAACUAUAUGAAUUAA